GGUCCCGAGCCGACCUGGGGGCGCCGGGGGCGGGGACGCGGAACGGGACCGCGGGGAGCUGGCUAGGGGCUCCCGGGUCGGCGGUCUCCGGAGUCCCGGGUCGCUCAGGAUCAGACUGCUCCGCUCCACCGCGGAAAUGCGCCCUCCGGGUUCAGAUGGUAUCGAACCGCAUGUCCUGCAGCGUCGGGUCCCAGAGCCUCUCCCCACCUGGGCUUCGGAUUCGCCCUGCCUCCACCCCUACCCUCUGGGCGCGCACACAGCCCCGCGGCCAAACCCAGGCCGGGUUCUGGGCGGUGUGCGCGCCCCUCCGCAGGGCGCCCCUGCCCCAGGACGCCCCAGGAAUACCCGACUUGCCCCGGGGUGUGAGGGGCGUCGGCAUCCCUCCCGGCCGACCCUUCUUCAGCGGCCUAGACUUGUGACUUUAACCUACCAGGCACCGGUCACUGCCGUGCCCUGCUCUGGUCUCUCUGGAACCCCCUCCCUCUCCUCUGACUGCGAGGUUUAUGCCCCUGAACUCACUGACCUCUCACCUCUUGGCGCCCGCUUCCUCCGAGUGCCAGCCAGGGCUGUUUUCCUGGCCUUCUGUGCUGGGGACAUGGUGUGUGUUGCAGGGAGCACUCUGGCCAGCAUCCUAGGGCUGUCCGCCCCAACGGGGUGGGGAGUAGGCAGGCUCACCAGCAACCUAUGGCCCUGGCCCCCGCCCCAGGUUGUGACCUUCCCUGGUUUCAGGAAAACAUCUCCCAUUUCACUUCCUACUCUUAGGGGCUCCCCAGGACCUAGGAGGUCUCCUCUCUUCCCCUUUUAGCUAGGGCCUUCCUUGGCCAGUAGAAACCUCUUGGAGUGGCUCAGCCUGUCCCAGUGGAAAUUGGUGGGACCCUGGCUGAGCCAUGAGUUCCCAAUUGACGUGCCCUGAGGAAGCUGUCGUGGGCCAGUGCCAGCCUAGUAAGUAGCAGGGGCAGCAGGGCCAUCCAUGGGGCUCCUGUGGCCCAAUGCCCUGCUGCAGAGCAGGGAGCCAGCAGGGAGGCUGUAGCCACAGCAGGACUCGCUAGGCCUGGGCCUGCAGCCUGAGGAACAGGUAUGCUGGUCCCAGCAGGUGGAAGCAUAGGGUCUCCUGCCUGGGCUCCUUGUUGGGGACAGGAAUAAGACCGAAAGGAGACCAAGCAGAGCGCGGUCAGUGGAAGCUGCGGUGGCCCUCCACGUCUGGCUGCCUCAUCAUCCCGGGACCCCAGUUCUCUUACUCCUUGGACAAACAUUUAUCACGCGGCUGCUGGCUGUCCUUGGUGUCAGUGUUUACCCCGUGGUGGGGACCUGCACACACACACAUCCAGAAGGGCCCAUCCUUCCCAGCAGGUGAACGGAGCCCUUUGCCCGCUGGAAUUUGCUCAUUGCUUUUCCUCCCAGGAGAGGCGGGGACACCCACUCGGGAAGUUAAACUGUUGGUCCUGGUCCCAGCCUCCUACCUGGUGCUCUUGGCCUGACCCGAAACCUCAGCCGCUUGCAGCAGGAAACCCGUCCAUCCCCUGCCCCUACUUCCCCUGUAGAGAAGCUUCCAGAAAUCUUACCCACUCUCCUCCGCCCACAAGGAGUAGGGAGGCCUCCCUCUUCCUGUCUCCCCUUCCCAAACUCCUGUCACAAGUCCCUUGUUCCUUUAGGCUGGGGUCCCAGAAAUCCUUACCUCCUCACCACCCUGUGGACAGGGGCACUGAGGAGGGACAUUUUAAAGAAUCCAAUUGGGUAUCACAAACUUGGGAAAAAAAAGAAUCCAACUCUUCCUUCACCAGCUUCUUUUUUUCUGAGAGGGCAUGAGGUGUUUUUUUGUUGUUUUGAGGCAAAGUCAUUCAGGCUGGCCUUGAACUCACUUUGUAGCCCAGGCUGGUCUUGAUCAGACAGCGAUCCUCCUGUCUCAGCCUCCUGAGUACUAGGAUGACAGGUGUGCCACCAUGCACAGCCCUUCUCCACCUUCUGUGGGGUGGGAGUGCAGAGAUGUGGGGAGCAGCCAUCUUCGGAAAGCUCCCCUGAGAAAAUUUCAGAGGCGGCCCAUAACCCUGCUCUGCUGCCUCUGGACCCUGCUUUUCUCCAGGUGCUUCCAGAACUCAUGGACCCCCAGCCAGGUGGCUUCUCUACAGUCAGCUGUGUAGGUGCUGGUAGCUCCAGCCCCAAAUCAUCAAUAGGACCGGUUUUAGGGGAGCAGGACACACCUGGCCGGGACUCUGUCUGGACCCCACUGCUCAGACCCUCUGCAGCCCAAGGAAGGGUGUGCAUACCCCAAGCACCCACACUUAAGGCCUCUGCCAGAUGUGGGGGGCGGCAGUCCAGAGGCAUGCCCCCCACCCAGCCUCACCCCCUCCACCUUCUGCUGUUCCUGCUGCUGGUCUGCCAGCCGCAGGCCUCCUCUGCUCAGGUGAUGGACUUCCUGUUUGAGAAGUGGAAGCUGUACAGUGACCAGUGUCACCGCAACCUAAGCCUGCUGCCUGCCCCCACCGAGCUGGUUUGUAACAGAACUUUUGACAAGUAUUCCUGCUGGCCAGACACACCUCCCAACACCACUGCCAACAUUUCCUGCCCCUGGUAUCUGCCUUGGUAUCACAAAGUGCAGCACCGCCUGGUGUUCAAGAAAUGCGGCCCCGAUGGACAGUGGGUGCGCGGGCCCCAUGGGCAGCCAUGGCGCAACGCCUCCCAGUGCCAGAUGGAUGACCAGGAGAUAGAGGUCCAGAAUGAGGUGGCCAAGAUGUACAGCAGCUUCCAAGUGAUGUACACAGUGGGGUACAGCCUGUCCCUAGCAGCGCUGCUCCUGGCCCUGGCCAUCCUGCUGGGUCUGAGCAAGCUGCACUGUACUCGAAACUACAUCCACCUGAACCUCUUUGCAUCCUUCGUGCUCAAGGCAGGGUCUGUGCUGGUCAUCGACCGGCUGCUUGAGACCCGCUACAGCCAGAAGAUCGGAGAUGACCUCAGUGUCAGCGUCUGGCUAAGCGAUGGGGCAGUGGCCGGUUGCCGCGUGGCUGCAGUGAUCAUGCAGUAUGCUGUGGUGGCAAACUACUGCUGGCUGCUGGUGGAGGGCGUGUACCUGCACCGCCUGCUGAGCCUUGCUGCCUUCCCAGAGCAGGGCUGCUUCGCACUCUACCUGGCUACCGGCUGGGGUGCGCCGCUGCUGUUUGUCAUCCCUUGGGUGGUGGUCAAGUGUCUGUUUGAGAACAUCCAGUGCUGGACCAGUAAUAACAACAUGGGCUUCUGGUGGAUCCUCCGUGUUCCUGUCUUCCUGGCCAUCUUGAUCAACUUCUGCAUCUUUGUUCGCAUUGUUCACCUGCUUGUGGCCAAGCUGCGCGCCCGCCAGAUGCAUUAUGCUGACUACAAGUUCCGGUUGGCCAGGUCCACCCUGACCCUCAUCCCCCUGCUGGGUGUCCAUGAAGUAGUCUUUGCCUUUGUGACGGAUGAGCAGGCUCAGGGCACCCUGCGUUUGGCCAAGCUCUUCUUUGACCUCUUCCUGAGCUCCUUCCAGGGCCUGCUGGUGGCUGUUCUUUAUUGCUUCCUCAAUAAGGAGACAGUGGGAGACAACUUGAGACCCAGGCCGAAACUCACAGCGUUGGCACCUGGCUGUGGCGAGUGCCCACUGGCAGCAAGAAGCAGCUGUUUACCACAGAUGCUGCCCCUUCCCAUGCCUCCCUCCUGCAGACAUCUGCCCGACCCUCCCCCAGCAGUCUCAGGGCCACCCAAGUCCCAGAAUACUCUUCUGGGAAAGAGUGUUCCUGAAAUAAAUUCCAGUUUGGCUUUGCCUCAGGAGCAGGCGCCUUCCAAGGCUCUUUCUAUGUCUGAAGGUCAAGUACAACUGGGUUUCUCCUGGGGCCCAGCAGCCACCCCUUUAUUUGGCCAAUGGAAGACCAACUCCCUAAGGGUGUGUAGCUUGUGCCACAGAAAGUGGGUGCAGGAGGGAAUGGGCUCAUAGGGAUUCCCUGCAAGGACAGGGAUUAUCCUAAGCAGCUCUGGUCCCCCUGUCCUCCCAGGACACCAUCCCUCACCGCAGGUCCUGGAGUCCACACAAAACUUCUGAGUUUCCCAGCACCAUGCCUGGGAAUUCCAACACACCGUGGGCUGCGGGGCAGGGGCCUAACAGACUGCCAUGAGGCUGAUCCCAGUGCCACCCACCUUUAUUCAGGGACCCUCAAGCUCCAGAGCCACAAACACUUGGCGUCCAGAGGGCACAGGAAGAGAAAAGGGCUCUGGUGACCCCCCAGCACACUCCAGAGAGCCAGGAUGGGCCUGGCAGUACCACUGCCUCAGAGUCAGCCACAGUGCACCUGCCCAAGGCUGCAGGCACCAGGAGGCCAGGCCUGGCUGCUGAGAACCCCUUUAGAGAUGCCAGCGCUGUCCCAGGCCCAGAGAGCUGGUGCUGUCCUGAA